AUGCCAUUGGCUAGCAAACCGUCACAACUGACACUGAGACCAUGUUCAGACCCGAAAUCCUGCUUCGCUGCCGUCGAUGCCUGCAUUGACAAGUUCAAAAGAAUCGAUGUCCUGUUCCACAAUGCAGCAAUGCUGAGUCCGAUCGUCCCGGUGGCCGACCAUGACGUGGACGUUUUCAACAAGGUCAUCAUGACCAACCUCUGUGGCGCCUUCUAUCUGGCCAAAGCUAUCAUUCCCCACAUGAAAAGGCAAGGAAAAGGAGUCAUCGUGAACACUGCCAGUGUUUCCGGCAUUGGUGGAGAUUAUGGUCUCUCUUCCUACAAUGCCGCAAAGAGCGGAUUGAUCAAUCUCACGCGGACGAUUGCCAUGGACCAUGCAAGGGACGGGAUUCGAGCAAUGACAGUCUGUCCGGGGUUUAUGGACACUCCAAUGUCGGAAGCGACGUUGAAAAAUGAAAAGCUGAGGGAAGAGUUGUUCGAGAGCAUACCCAUGAAUCGCGGAGGGCACCCGGACGAGGUGGCUCAGCUGGUUCUUUUCUUGGCUUCGGACGAGGCGUCUUAUAUCACCGGGCAUCCAUUUAUCGUCGACGGUGGAUGGAUUGCUCGUAACCCAAGUCCAAAUUGGCCCAAGUACAUCGGUGAAGCCUAG